CCAUGUAAGCAACCAUUGGCUCUUUGUCCAGUGUCCACAAACCUGAACUGACCUUUCCUUUGUUUGCAAGAGAGAGAAGAAAUAGAGUUUGAGAGAGAGAGAGAGCAGACACAAAAGAGUGGUAGCAGAAGAUAUCAGGGAUGGACGUUCUAAAAUGGAGGCUUUUACCUCUGCUACCACUUCUUGCAUCCCUUUUGUUCUACUACAUCAAGAACCCUCUAAAGCCAUCUCAGAGCGAAUGCAGCCUUCUUGCUCACAACCAUUUUUGGAUAUCCAGCAAGCGUAUAGUGACGCCAAAGGGGGUGAUUUCUGGUGCAGUUCAGGUCAAGGGAGGGAACAUCAUAUCGAUUCUUGAAGAAGAUUGGCAAGGGAAUGUCGGGACUGGAAUAGUGAUUGAUUAUGGGGACGCUGUUGUCAUGCCUGGUUUGAUUGAUGUGCAUGCUCAUCUUGAUGAUCCCGGGAGAGAAGAGUGGGAAGGAUUUCCUUCAGGCACUAGGGCAGCUGCUGCUGGUGGGUUAACAACCUUGGUUGACAUGCCUCUUAAUAGUUUUCCCUCUACAGUUUCUGAAAAAACAUUUGAGCUCAAGAUCCAGGCUGCAGAAAAGAGGAUCCAUGUUGAUGUUGGUUUCUGGGGAGGUCUGGUUCCGGAAAAUGCAUUCAAUAGAAGUGCUCUGGAUGGUCUCCUAAAGGCUGGUGUUCUUGGUUUGAAGUCCUUUAUGUGUCCUUCAGGGAUCAAUGACUUUCCCAUGACAAAUGCCGGCCAUAUAAAGGAAGGGUUGUCUGUACUGGCAAAGUACAAAAGACCUUUACUUGUACAUGCAGAGAUUAAACAAGAACUUGAAGGCAUCUUGGAACUGGAAGAUAGUGCAGUUGACCCUCGAUCCUAUUCAACUUAUCUGAAGACUAGGCCUGCUUCGUGGGAAGAGGCAGCUAUUAGAGAGCUUUUAACAGUAACAAAUGGUACACGGACUGGUGGCCCUGCUGAAGGAGCUCAUCUGCACGUUGUUCAUUUGUCUGAUGCUAGAUCUUCCUUAGAGCUAAUUAAGGAAGCAAAACGUAGCGGCGAUAGCAUAACUGUUGAAACUUGCACCCACUAUUUAGCCUUCUCUGCUGAAGAGAUCCAAGAUGGAGAUACACGUUUUAAGUGCGCGCCGCCCAUUAGGGAUGCUGCAAAUAAGGAAAUCCUAUGGGAAGCUUUGAUGGGUGGACAUAUCGACUUGCUGAGCUCUGACCAUUCACCGACUGUACCAGAACUCAAGCGCCUCGGUGAUGGUAACUUCUUGAAGGCAUGGGGUGGCAUAUCUUCUUUGCAGUUUGUUCUCCCUGUGACAUGGACCUAUGGCCGUAAGUAUGGAAUUACUUUGGAACAAUUAGCUUCAUGGUGGAGUGAGAAGCCUGCCAAACUUGCUGGCCUAGAUUUGAAGGGGGCCAUAGCAAUUGGAAACCACGCAGACAUAGUUGUGUGGGAACCGGAAGUGGAGUUUGUCCUCAACGAUACUCAUCCUGUGUACAUUAAGCAUCCUAGCAUUUCAGCCUACAUGGGGUCAAGACUAUCGGGAAAAGUUUUGGCGACUUUUGUGAGAGGUAACCUCGUCUACAAAGAGGGGCAACAUGCUCGUGCUGCUUGUGGUGUCCCCAUCCUUUCAAGAUAAAGAUGGACUUUUCAGGUCUCGGUUCAGAUGGCUCACAAGCAUUGUUGGUGCUUGGGGAGCAACGCAAGAGAUUACCCCAAUCUAUGUGAUCGAUCUGUUGAUCAGAGCAGGCAUUUUCAAGCCAUUGAUGAGGGUUUCUGGUUCCUUCUCUUGAUUGGUUGCAUUGUGCAGUGGAGGAUGUACGUAGUGAAUUGCUUACCUGCAAAAACUGAAGCAGAAAAAAUAGAGGAAAUAAUGUUGGAAACCUAGCUACAAAGAAUUCCAUGGCUAGCUAGGUUUGGUUGUCUAGUACAAAAAUCAUAACUAGCUAUUGACUACUAGUUUGUUGCAAGUUUACUGUCAUGACCAAGUGAAGUGGGAUUUAAUUUAUUUCCCCCCGGUAAACAGCACUUUUCUUUGAACGCCCAAA